GCUAUCAUCACACUUCUCUCUUCACUGCAAGACAGAUUUCCAGCAGCUCUGACAAGUUUUGCUACCAACGGCACCGUCUCCAGUUACCUGACAGGUGUUUUCCGGUACAUACCGUGGAUUAUAAACCGACUGCAAAGACUCCAUCAUGCUGAUAAAUGACAAAGUCGAAAAAGUCAAGCGCCUCCCUGGCGUUGUCCCUCACACCACCACCCUCCCCGACGGCCGCUUCGUCAUCAUCGACACCAUGAGCGACUCCCAGCUGUCGGAAACCUUCGGCCUCAUCCAAGCUGCGGCCCAGAGCGGCAAUGGUUUUGGGGUGGAUGAAUACUCCUCGGAGAAGGAAUUCCGCAAAGACAUCGACGGCAGCUUCAACUUCGCCAUAAUGAUCAAGGACAGUGGAGAGAUGGUUGCUGCAUUUAUGUUGGCCAUCAGCAAGUAUUACCGUGGCUGCAACAGCGUUGCCGACCCUUUCAUCAUUGUAAAGACGUCAGAGAGAGGCAAGGGAAUCGGCGAGUUUUGUCUCCAGAUGUGUGUUGACUUUGCUCAAGAUUUGAACUUCAUGGGAAUGUAUGUGGACACUUUCAGCAACAACCGCGCCAUGAUUAAAAUCAUUGAAAUUGUUGGCGGAUUCACCCAAGUCGGAUGUCUUCCCAUGGGCGGCAAGAUGAAAGAUGGUUCCAUUGUAAGUUCAGUCAUUUUCUACAAAGAUUUCCAUUCAUAAUAUAUUGACUUUUCUUUCAAGGCUUUGUCAGUUACGUCUCUACGUGGUGUACACGUCAUCGCGGCUAUGAUGACGUCACAACAAGGUGUUAUUUUCACGAACUACAGAUAACACCCAGAAGGAGUCACUUCCGGUUAGAAGAAACCCAGUUCCGCUUUUGUUCACUGUCCAGUGUGGUCAGUGGAGCCUGCUCAGUAUGUAUGUACGCUGGGUCAACCGGAUUGCCUUGUAGACUAGCUAACCCUCGGAUUGUUGUUGUAUUGUUCAUGCAGCAGUAUUUGUUAGUCUGACAAUAGAGAAAUAA